UCUUUCCUGUAUGUUCUCAGGCAAAAGAGGGGCAGGAAAUAGAGCUUCAGUGAGCUUCAUCAUACAUGCUUAGAGAUGCAUAUAAAUAAAGGUGCAUCCUUUUUACAGAUCAGUUCUUACAUUUAAUAUAACAUAAAGACAAACAUUAGCGCCUCUCCUGACAAUCCAAUUGCAAAAUUUUGCAGUCAUGCUUCUAGAAUUACAAAAGCUCUACAGAUAAACUCUUUUUUGUUUUAUAUUACUGUGUAUCAUUGACUUUUGAUGAAUUUAGGUUAUUAAGGAGCAAUCACAAUUAAUGUCAUUUUUUAACUGGAGGAUUAAACUGCUUGCAAAUUUAAGUCAACAUGGUUAACAAUAAUUCAAGGAAAGUGAUCACUGAAUUUGUUUUUGCUGGAUUUGAUAAUGUAGAAAGACCACUGGCUGUUGGUGUGGUAAUGCUGAUAUUGUACAUACUUACUAUGGUUGCUAACACUGUAAACAUAUGCUUUAUUGUCAUGGAUAAACGUCUGCACCAGCCAAUGUACAUUUUUAUCUGCCACUUAGCAAUUGUAGACAUGCUCUACUGUACAAGUUCAUAUCCAACUAUGAUAGGUAUUCUUCUCAUUGGCUAUAAAACUAUAUCCUACAAACCAUGCAUAGUUCAGAUGUUUGCCUUCCAGUAUAGUGGAUCAAUGGAGAUGUUUGCUAUUGCUGUCAUGGCCUUUGACCGUUUUGUUGCUAUAAGCAUUCCAUUACGGUACAGUUCUCUUCUGACAAAUUUGCGAUGUGUUUUAAUAACUAUUUUACUCUGGUUGGUGGUUGCUUCAGUUUUGUCCAUGCUACUUGCUUCUAUUGAAUCUCUACCAGUUUGUUACUCUACUGUAAAGUACACGUUUUGUGACUAUGCAUCUAUUAUAAGGGCAAGUUGUGCAGACCCAGAGCCAUAUUUUAAUGAUGCAUCUAUCCUAACAACCUGUCUAAUUUUUGGAACAUUCAGUUUCAUCUGCUUAUCUUAUAUAAAGAUUUUUAUUGUUAUUUCAAGAAUGACCUCAAACACUGACAAGAAAAAAGCCAUACAUACUUGUUUAAGUCACAUUAUAGUCAUAACCUGCUACUAUGUACCCACUUUCACACGAAUAGUCCUCACCAGGGUUGGUGUAGUUUUAACAUUGGAGGAACGAAAUGGGUUGAUGGUGGGACCAAUUAUUGUCCCAUCUUUAGUUAAUCCUUUCAUAUACUGCUUUAGAACCAAGGAGAUCAGAAAUAAAUUGUUUAAAAUAUUUUCAAAAGUUGAACCAGUUGUAAAAAGAAAGCAAUAAGUUUAGACACAUAGGGAAUACCUUUUAGUUUGCUAUUAUACUUUAAGUACACUUUAUUAAUUUGUAAGCUACAAGUCAGUUUGAAUUAUUGUAUGAAGUUCUGUAACCCAUUCACAAUGAAAUUUUCUUGAGAACAGUUGCUAUUCGACUUCCAAAUUUCCUUUUUGUACAUUUUUAUUGUUUGAAAAAAACAGGCCUACUAAAUUUUCCUUUACUGAUUUCAUUUAAUCAUGUUUAAUUUAUAAAUAAGCAAACAUUUUGAAACAAAGCCUAACAAGAACAAUAAGACAAUGUCUCUUAAAUGGAUGGUGGUAGAUUUUUUUAAUGAGCAAAUAAAAACAACUGGGUAAACUGCAUGUCAGCUUUUGGAAAGACAUUAUUCAGUGGGUUAUUUAUCCCAAUUAUUGAAGUCUUGCUGGGAAUGGCUUUAAAGUUGUUGCACAAAACUGAAUUGGGACAUAAUGGCCUGGCAUUAAAUUUAAAAGAUGCUGGGCCAAAUUAAUUUUAGUAUUUUUUGGUCAAACAGAAAAAAAUGGAUUAACAUUGCUGUCUGUAUGAUUAUGUUUUGCAUAUGUCUAUCCCUGAUUUUUCCAGACGUCUGCUCCUAUUUCUAAAACUGCUACAAAAGUGCAAAUGUUCUUUUUGAGUGUUCUUUAUAAAUUUUAAUAAGCUGUUCUGAUUAAUUACUACUGAUAAAUUUGAUGGAG